UGGUUUUGCUUGUUUCCUUGUCCACGGCACUCAGCUGGAAAAACUUUUCAUGGUCCCAUGAGGACCUGUGAGCUGUGAAUUCUUGUAGAAGAUUGAUAGCUCUGCCAACAUUUGUCCACAAUAGAAGAUGGGUGGACUAAUUUCAAGAUGGAGGCAGGCAAAACCUUCCACUGUAGAAGUAUUAGAAAAAAUAGAUAAGGAAAUACAGACAUUAGAAGAAUUCAGAGAAAAAAAUCAGAGGCUACAGAAACUAUGGGUUGGAAGGCUUCUUCUCUACUCCUCAGUUCUUUACCUUAUUACUUGCUUAAUUGUAUAUUUGUGGUGUCUUCCUGACGAAUGGACAGCAAGGCUGACAAUGACACUUCCAUUUUUUGCAUUUCCAUUGAUAAUCUGGUGUAUAAGAACACUGCUCAUUUUUUUCUUUUCCAAACGGACAGAAAGGAAUAAUGAUGCACUGGAAGAUUUAAAGUCCCAAAAGAAAAAAAUACUUGAGGAAGUAAUGGAAAAGGAAACAUACAAGACUGCUAAACUAAUCCUUGAAAGGUUUGAUCCAGAAUCGAGUGCAAAGGAGACUGAACUACCAUCUGCUGGAACAUCUGCAACCUCAAGACCUGGACAAGAAAUUCGUCAGAGGACUGCAGCUCAAAGAAAUACUUCUGCACCCCCACCUGCAACUCCCAAACAAGGCUCUCCAAAGUCCCCGCUUCCAGCAUCUCCUGAUCUGCAGAGAGAGACACCAGCCCUGAGCGGGCUCCCGGAAAGAACUGCUGUGCCAUCCUUGCAAUCAAAUGUUUUACCAAGACGCCCUGGAUCCCCUGCUACUUCAGUGCCUGGAAUGGGUCUUCAUCCUCCAGGCCCUCCUUUGGCAAGACCUGUUCUUCCUCGAGAAAGAGGAGUUGUGGAUAGAGUUAUUGAAUAUUUGGUUGGUGAUGGUCCUCAGAACAGGUAUGCCCUUAUAUGUCAGCAAUGUUUUUCUCACAAUGGUAUGGCUUUGAAGGAGGAGUUUGAAUACAUAGCAUUUAGGUGUGCCUACUGCUUCUUCCUGAAUCCUGCAAGAAAAACUAGGCCUCAGGCUCCACGACUUCCAGACUUCAGCUUUGAAAAAAAGCAAACUACAGAAAUGCGAUCUGAAGCUGAGCCUCUCGAACCUAGAGAGAGAAAGCCCCAGGAGACUCAACAGACAAAAGAAUCUGAAGAUGAUAUGGCCCAGCUCGUUGAGACAAGUGACACAGAUGAUAAAGCACCAAGUUCUGAGCAUCUAAAUGAUAAGCUAGCUGAAGAAGGUGAAAAAGAGGAAGCAGAAAACAUUUCAACAACUGAAGAGGCUAUUUCAGAGUCUGCUUCAGCUGAACAAAGUGAAGAAUCUUUCAUAAAUGCAGAAUAAAAUACUUCAAGUGCCUUCUGUAGCUAGUUUUUAGCUUUGUUCAUGCCUAUUGUUACUAUUCAGGUGAGCUUUUUUUAAUGGUACAACUUAAAAAUCUUGCUUGGGCUUAAACUGCCUCAACUGCCACAAUGUGUCAGAGCUGUGUGUAAAAGUGGGUAUUGUAAAUUAAGCAUGUCUCUUUAAGUUAACACAUAGAAUGUGUAGUUGGUUGAAGUCUAACAGUUGUAGCCCUUGUUUAGUUUGCAGAUUUGAAAACUUCAGAGUACAAGCCUUGCUAAGGGUGACUUACAGUUUGACAUCUCUUUAGCUGCCACACAUAAAGAGCAAUUACUGAUGGCAUCUGACCUAGUAAGUUUGGUCUAGUGAACUUAAGGUGCGUUUUGAUGCUGCCCUGUUAAAAUGGAUUGAGUAUAUGUUUAAUACACAGAUGUUUACAAGCUAAACUGUCAUCUGACAUUUGACUUCAGCAUAUGGAAGUGUCAUUGCAGUGGUGUUAAUAUUAUUCAUUGUCUAACUUUUUGACAGAAUUCACUUAAAUGGCACUUGGAUAAAUGGCAUCUCCUUUGGUGUUUGCGUUGCAGAUGAACCAGAGGCACCUACAUGCAAAACUGUUUUGUGUUUACAUAAAAUAUAAUAAGUCUCUGCACUUGAUUGUACUUGAAUACAAAGCACUAUUUAUACCUGUACAAUAAUGACAAGAUAUAAGUGAA